GGUGUAUUUUUUUAAUCGUGUAUCCUUUAUGCGUAACUUCAUAGAUUAAUAUUUCAAAUUGUAUAUGACCACACCAAACUACAACUCUCUUUCAAGAAUUAGUUUUAAGACUGCUAUAUUCUUAGAAUUGAAUUCAAACUUGGAACAUUUAAUUAAGCUUAAAUAGAUCAAAAAUCAUUUCAUCCAAGCAUUCUUGGAUACUGAAAUUUUUCAUUGGUGAUACUUUUUAAAGGACCACUGAAACUUUUAUAAGUUAAAUUUCUCUCUCCUUUUUCUAGCUUGUGAACUUCCUCUUUGAACUGCUCUAAUAUUGUUUCUCACAUAUAACUGAACCUGAAUGUGCUGUUGUUUUCAUUGAAUGUGCUUUUUUUAUUUUUUUAUUUUUAGCAUUCACCACCAAUUUAAUCCGGUUCGGGGGUCAGUUCUGACAACAAGUGGUUGCAGCCCUCUUCCGAUCGAAGUUGCGGAGGAUCAAAUCGUGGUUCUCCCAACCAAGUUUAGCGUCAAUCACCACUGUAGACAGUUUUAGUUUUGCUAACUUAUGUUACAUUUAAUUUCAUAAUCUUUCUUAAUUAGUUUCAUCCUUUUUAUUUCACAAAAAAAUAAUGUCCAUACAUCAAAUUGGCCAUGAAGUCCAAGGAACCAAGACUUUGAAUGCAGUAUCAAAUUCACAGGUUUUACCAAAAAGAUUACUGUACCUAUUGUUUAGUAGUUGUCCUACUUUUCAGUCACAUGAUUUCUGGCAAAACAUGGUAUGCAAAAUUAAGCUUUAAGAUUUUGUGGUUGAGCACUUAAAUCAAAUCCUUUCCAAACAGUGUUUUUUACACCUGUAUAUAAGUUUUCUUAUAUCUCUGACUUUCUUUGCAAGGUGAAACUUGAACUAUAUAGAACAAUGGCUUCUGUUAUAUCAAGAUCUGUAAGGUUUCAUGACAAUCUUGAAAAAGUGAAAUUAAACGAAGUUGAAGAAAAUCACAUGGAAAUGAUGACCUAUGAGACGAGUGAUCAACACAAGCGUGUAAGGGACGCAAAAAACAAGUCAUCAAAUGGAAGAGAACUUUCGAGGGUGUUUUCUGAAGAUUAUGAUGCAGAAGAGAUUUUAGUAUUAGACCCUAGAGGACCUAGAGUAAAUUUAUGGAACAAAAUAUUCUUAGCAGCUUGUUUGAUUUCAUUGUUUGUGGAUCCACUUUUCUUUUACUUACCAGUUGUUAAGAAAGAAAAAUGCAUUGAUAUGUCACUUGGUCUUGAAGUUUCACUUACCAUAAUUAGGACAUUGGUUGAUGCAUUUUACAUCAUUCAGAUUUAUGUUAGGUUUCAAACUGCUUAUAUUGCCCCUUCAUCUCGUGUUUCUGGUAGAGGAGAACUUAUUAUAGAUUCCUCAAAGAUUGCUUCAAAUUAUAUGAGUAGAGACUUUUGGUUUGAUCUUGUUGCUGCUCUACCACUUCCUCAGGUACUGAUUUGGGCUGUAAUUCCAAAUUUGAAGGGGUCAGAAAUGAUCGCAUCAAGGCAAAUAUUGCGCCUUGUGUCCAUUUUCCAGUACUUAUUGAGGUUAUAUCUUAUUUAUCCUCUUUCAUCUGAAAUCACCAAGGCAAAUGGAGUAAUGAUGGAAAAAGCUUGGGCAGGUGCAGCUUAUAAUUUGACACUCUAUAUGCUUGCUAGUCAUGUUUUAGGAUCUACCUGGUACCUGUUAUCAAUUGAAAGACAAGAUGAAUGUUGGAAGAAAGCUUGUACACUUGAAUAUCCACAUUGUCGGUAUCAUUAUCUCGACUGUCAAAGCAUAAGUGAUCCAAAUAGAAAUGCAUGGCUUAGAUCAAGCAAUCUAUCAGGACUAUGUGAUCAGAACAGUGACUUCUUUCAGUUUGGAAUUUUUGCUGAUGCUCUUACAUUGGAAAUAACUGGCUCGAAAUUCUUAAACAAAUACUAUUACUGUCUUUGGUGGGGAUUGAGGAAUCUAAGCUCUGCAGGACAGAAUCUCUUAACAAGUACACAUGUUCCAGAGAUUAAUUUUGCUGUGAUUGUUGCAAUUCUUGGAUUAGUGCUUUUUGCACUACUCAUAGGAAAUAUGCAAACCUACCUUCAAUCCACCACUAUACGGCUUGAAGAGUGGAGGAUAAGAAGAACAGAUACAGAAAGAUGGAUGCAUCACAGGCAACUCCCAUGUUACUUGAAGCAAAGUGUCCGACGUCAUGACCAAUUCAGAUGGGUAGCUACUCGUGGAGUUGACGAGGAAGCUAUUCUCAGAGACCUACCUGUUGAUCUCAGACGUGACAUUAAACGCCACCUUUGCCUUAAUCUAGUUAGACAAGUACCACUAUUUGAUCAAAUGGAUGACAGGAUGUUAGAUGCAAUAUGUGAAAGGCUGAAACCAACUCUAUGCACUCCAGGAACUUGCAUAGUCCGUGAAUGCGACCCUGUCAACGAAAUGCUCUUCAUCGUUCGAGGACGCUUAGAUUCUUGCACAACCAACGGUGGCAGAACAGGCUUCUUCAACACCUGCAGAAUAGGCUCGGGUGAUUUCUGCGGUGAAGAGCUUCUCCCGUGGGCCUUAGACCCUCGUCCAACCGCUGUACUUCCUUCGUCAACUAGAACGGUAAAAGCCAUCAUCGAAGUCGAAGCUUUUGCACUCAUUGCAGAGGACUUAAAGUUUGUUGCGGCACAAUUCCGCAGGUUACAUAGCAAACAACUGAGACAAACCUUUAGAUUCUAUUCACAUCAGUGGCGGACAUGGGCUGCAUGUUUUAUACAAGCGGCUUGGUUUCGGUAUAAGAGAAUGAAAGAGACAAAUGAGGUUAAGGAAAAGGAGAAUGUUAUGAUGAUGGCGACCAAUGGGAAAUAUUAUGGAAAUGAUGAUAGUCAAUAUUUCUCUGCACCUCUGCAGGUUCCAAUGGGAUCAAGUUAUCCAAUGUAUUCCGGGAAACUUGUAGGUAAUCUAAGGAGAGGUAGGAGCAUGAGAUAUGGUUCUGAACUUGAUAUUCUUGGUGGAUUAAGGAAGCCCGUUGAUCCAGAUUUUAAUGAUGAUGGUGGUUAAAGGAAAUUUAGGGUGGAAAAGUUGUUUGUAGGGAAAAGGUCUAUUAAUGAUUGAUUAGUGGACUCUUUGCUCUACUUAUUAGUCAAAUUAGUUAUAGCAAUACUAGUAACUAUGAAGAACUUAUAUCAAUUUUAGGCUAGGGUCAAGGAUGGGACUAAUGGAAAUAAUAUAGGCAUGAAGUGAAAUUUUGUCUGAAUAAA